AAACAUUAAAAGCCAGAGCAACUACAGACGUUAUUGUCAUCUCACUGUUCUUUUCUUUGACCUUUUCGCUUGAUUAUUUCAGGUAAAAUCCAUCCAGAAUACGGACAUAUUCUUGGAUAUAUUAUCUCCAUUUGGCACUCCACCCUAAUCAAGAUUCAUUCAACUCCUCUCCAUUGUUGUGCCUAUAUAUACAUACACCCGAUCAAUCACUAACACCAUCGAUUAUCACUCUCAUCGGUACAUUAAUACUACAAAUCUCACACUAAUAUGGACCUGGAUUACGUUCAUCAUCAUCGGUCAAACAUGGAGUCGCCGGAGGCUGAGGAUGAUGUGUUCUACGCAGAGCUCACAAGGCAGAUAUUGGUGCUUAUGGACGAAGACGAUGAAACACAUGCAUGGAGAAAUAGAAAGGGUGAGUCGCCGGAGUUUCAGGGGAGAUCGGUGAUGACGUCCGGGAACUACUUUAGUUGGUGGGAGGAUGGGAGGAAUUUUGAGGUGCCCUGUUGGAUGGAGAGGUUGUGGGCAAGUAACGGUGCUGGGACAGGGGUGUUUAUACCUCGAGUGGUGGUCGCCGGAAAGACCAGAAGAAGACGUCAGAAUAAAGCACGGAGGAACGACGGAGGAAGAAUGCAUUCUUGUGCCGGACGUAAGACUCAUGGUUGA